AUUUUUGUUCUUCUUUACCAUCAUGUUCUUAUGUAUGGAUAACUUCUGUUUGACGUUGCAGGAGGAUAAGUUGAAGAAGCCGCUCUCAGACGUUGAGUCGUGGAAACUGGCCCGCGAGCGGAGUGAUCUCAAGGACGGCGAGAGCCAGUACUACGGCAAGACCGAGGAGCACCUGGAGUCUUACACUCAGAACUAUCAGAAGUUGCAUCCGGAUGUUCCUGUUUCUGAGGUCGCCCAGUCUCAGAUGGACGACACGGCGGUGGUGGCCAUCCAGGGGAAGUCACAUGGCAGGUAUCCGUCUUUCGAUGGCUUGAUCACUCCUUCGAUCUCGUACACAAGGCUUCGGGCUACCAACCCGAGCCAGUUAGAGAGUACGGGGCAUUCGCAGCCUCCCUUAGCCCGCCAGCAUGCUGCAUAUAAGUCCUUUGUUGAGCAUAGGAAUCUCGAGGUGCGGGAGUACUUGCAACGAGUGAAGGCAAACGAUGAUUACAACCGUCGGAUGAUGACGGCUAUGUUGGCGUCUUGGAGUAACCGCACGGAUCCACCACAAAUGGGACCCCCACCACCACCUGCGGGAGAACCCCCACACGUGCCCACGUUCGAUGAAUGGGUGGCACUAGGCAGUGAUAGUCCGGGGACCGGCGGCUCGACUCCUGCUCCGUCGACCCCAGUCACUCCGAUCUGGCAGAGUGAUGGUGGUCGCGAUGGCAGUUUUGGCGGAGGUGGUCUUGGCGGUGGUGGUUUUGGCGGUGGUGGUUUUGGCGGCGGUGGUCUUGCUUGAUGUCGAUUAUGAUACCCGUGCAUGUGGCCGUCGUGCCAUACAUUUCAUGUUCCUACUUGUUAGUUUCUUCUUUGAAAUGAUGUUCAUGUCUUGCACUACUUUUAUGUUCAUUAACUUUCGCCGGUGAUGAUCUUUAAAUGAUGAACUUGAGUAUGUUUAAAUGAUGAUGAUGAACUUGAGUAUGUUUAGAUGAUGAACUGUCAUA